AGAAAUAAGCACCGGCCCUUCCUACUCUUUGUCUCCUUGCUCCACGUUCACAUCCCCCUGGUCACCACGGAAGAAUUUCUCGGGAAGAGCAGGCACGGCUUAUACGGCGACAACGUCGAGGAGAUGGACUGGCUCGUAGGCAAAAUCCUCGAGGCCGUGGAAGAAAAUGGGUUAAAAAACACCACCUUCACCUACUUCACCUCUGACCACGGGGGCCAUUUGGAGGCCAGAGACGAGCAGCUGGGCCAGCUGGGCGGGUGGAACGGUGUCUACAGAGGUGGCAAAGGCAUGGGCGGCUGGGAAGGCGGGAUCCGGGUCCCCGGGAUCGUCCGGUGGCCCGGGGUGCUGCCCGCCGGCCGGGAGGUCCACGAGCCCACCAGCCUGAUGGACGUGUUCCCCACCGUGGUCGAGCUGGGGGGCGGAGUGACGCCCCAGGACAGGGUGAUCGAUGGCCGGAGCCUGGUGCCCCUGCUUCAAGGAGCUGCUGAGCACUCGGCACACGAGUUCCUGUUCCAUUAUUGCGGGAGGCACCUCCACGCCGCACGCUGGCAUGACAAGGACAGUGGCCGGCUCUGGAAGGUCCACUACAUGACGCCCAGGUUCCACCCCGAGGGCGCGGGCGCCUGCUACGGCCAAGGCGUGUGCCCCUGCUCGGGGGACGGCGUGGCCCGGCACAGCCCUCCUCUGCUCUUCGACCUCUCCAGGGACCCCUCCGAGGCUCGGCCCCUGUCCCCCGACUCCGAGCCGCUGUUCCACGCGGUGGUCGCCAGGGUGGGCGUGGCGGUGGAGGAGCACAGAGCCACCCUGAGCCCCGUGCCCUCGCAGUUCUCCCUGAACCACAUCCUCUGGAAGCCCUGGCUGCAGCCCUGCUGUGGGACCUUCCCCUUCUGCUCCUGCACCCAGGAUGGAGGCCCCAGCGAGAAGUGACCACCCACCACCGGCCAGUGUGGCUCAGUGAUUGAGCGUCGACCUAUGAACCAGGAGGUCAGGGUUCGAUUCCCAGU